UACUGAUCUCUCCACUAAUGGGCACCGAAGCUGCUAAGGUACUUGUACUGACUACAGAUAACUAAUUGAUUAGGUGCCCAAAGUUGCCCUAAACUACCGCUCCCUCCGACAACCCACCCAAAACACAUCAACAUCUACAUACCUCGCAGGUACACACAUCAUACCACCACCACCACCUGACCGUACCUGGCUGGAGGCGCAGCUGCCCAGUCAUCUGUGUUGCAUUAUUGCAUGAUCUCACUCCUGUAGCCGAAGAGCUGUUCUCUUUCACAUCUGCCCUUUAUCAUCUGCAUACAAGCCUCUUCUUGUCUGCGGUCAAACACCACAUCGACGCCCAGGAAUCCCUCUUUAGCCCCUCACCGCCCUCACCAUAACCUUCGCCAUCACAACAACGUCGCUGCUUACGCCGCUGAGCGCAACAUCGUGCCUUCCAUACCGAAACCUCACAUGAUCAUCCCGGGCUUCCAACAUCCUGCUAGGAGAGGACACCACAUUCAUUAUGACGGCGGAACAAGCGGAGAAUACUGCCAACGCUGAAGCGGCGCAGAAGGAAGCGGAACAGUUCUACGAUUACUACCUGAUCAAGGAGGACAAGUGCGGGACACCCAUCUUCGACAGACUAUUGACAGGAAUCGCAAAGGUCAUUAGCCAGAAGUUUGAGCCUAGUGACUGCGUAGAUCUCACUCCUACCCAGAUCGCGGCAUUCUACCGCGCAGUAGGCGGAGACUACGACGUCCUCUUCAUCGAGACCCCUCCAGCGUCCAUUUCCUUCAUCUACAGCGCUCUCGGCGCGUACCACAGUCUGCAGCCCGCGCCCGAUGAUGAGGGGUACUCGGCACCCACGAUCCCGGCACUCAAACACAAAGGAUUCGUGAAGUGGCAAACCAUACAACUCCUACUUGGACCCGAGGAACACGUGCCUCUCCUGCAGAAGGCAGUCGAGAUUUUCGACGUGCAAGAUCCCGAGACAGGAGGAUUGUUUCCCAAGAUUCUCCCAAAGUCAUGCUUCCCCGAUAAGCCCGACAGCGCCAUGGAGACAUGGUAUCAGAGCGUGGCGGAGACAUUGAAGCACGAAGCAGAAGAGGGCGCAGAGGAGAAGGUUCGCGAUGGUGGGCCACACGUGCGCGUGGAAGUGGAUGAACCGGCUCCGCGAACGUCUGACGAGUUCUCCAACGAAGGCUCUGCAGAUGGGUACCGACGAAACGGCGCAGCGACAUAUUUUUCGGAUCCGCUGUAUAGGAAGGCACGCGGAGGGCGCUCGCCCAUGUACGUCCACAAUUUCCCGCCGAAGCAGCCGGCAUACGUCGACGAUCAUGGCAGGGUAGCCAAUAGAGUACGCCAUCUGCUGAACCCUUUCAACCGGGACAGGAGAAGAAGCAGUCCACCGGCGGACGAGGACGACUUCUCAGACGGCGGGCCUACACCUCUCGCAGCUAUGCCACCCAACCAUCUCAGAGAAAGGCUGGACCCCCGAUAUCCGAGCCACAAGCGGCCUCACCCGCCGCGAAGAGACGACUCUUUGAGUUCAACGGACUCGAGCUCGGAUUCGGACGCCCCUCCUCGACACCGCUCGCCCAUGCUCCGUCACAGGCGUAGCCACGAUGGACCCAGCAGUCCCCGCGAGUACUUCCCCGCCCAUUACGACGAGCGACGCUACAGCCACGACGUUGUCGCUCCAGAACGGCUAGGCAGGAAGGAAGACGGGCCUCCACCAAUCUACGGACCUACGAAGAGCCCGCUGUUCGCAACCCACGUGGCCCAAAUGCAGGCACAGAACUACAUGCCAACGUUUGACCGGGAACGUAUUGGCGACCGACGGCCCGCCAUGCCUGCCCGGUCCUCGUACCGCCCACACAACGUCCGCUACGCCGUGGAUCCGACACUCCAACCAAUACAGCCCCGCGAACCAGACAUUCCCUACCCUCGUGACAGGUCCCGAGACGAGUACGAUCCCCCAUCAUCAUCACGCUCCAGCGACCGCGGCCGCGAACACAGAGACCGCGACCGAGAUCGCCGCCGAAGCGAGGGGCAUCUCCGCGAGAGGGAACGCAGCGACUCGGCCCGGACGCGAAGCCACGAUGCAUGGGACGACCACGAGCGGGAUAGGGACAGGGACAGAGAUCGAGACCGCGAGCAUCCUCGCGACCGUGACCGGGACCGGGACAGAAAGGAGCGCGAACGGAGGGAUAGAGAUAGAGACCGAGAGAGGGAGAGGGAGAGGGAGCGGGAGCGGGAGAGAGAUAGAGAUCGCGAGGGCAGAGUGAGGCAGCGGUACUCGCAUGUACCGGGCGUGGCGCCGUGCAGCGGGUCGCCGGUGCAGGACGGGGUCGGCGGGAGGAGGUAUCCCGUUGCGCCGUAUUGAUAGCCAACUACUCUGAAUCUACGGAGUGAGUGUAUUGCGUGCGUCAAUUGAUGGUGGAAAUGUUUCUAACAAACAAGACCUAACCCGACAAGAGGCGAUGCGGACCCUGAAUGUAACAAAUGUGCAACGAAAUCGGAUAGACCGAACGAAAUGAAAGGAACGAUGUGUACGACAGACGGCUGUCUGUCUGUACACCAUGUAACGAGACCAAUGAAUGAAAUCAAAUGAAUAUCAACCAAUGCCUAAUCCAGCACUCAACAACUACAUUCUUCAUGAUGAGAUAAAGUGUAUGAUGAUGGAUACAACAACAUAUCAGAGUGAUGGAUCAUUUGCAUUUAUACUCUCCUGUCACCCCUUUUCCAUAUAUUUAUUGUACGAUCA